AUGGAAAUAGCUUUGUCAAUAUCUAGUUGUGUUAUCAGCGGGAGACGUCUAAAACCUGAUUCUCUUGACCGUGAACAUCCUCUCACAAAAGACCUCCUUCAUCCCUCUCCAGAAAAGAAGCAGAAACACAAGAAGAAGCAUCUGAUGCAGAGCCCAAAUUCCUACUUCAUGGAUGUGAAGUGCCCAGGAUGCUAUAAAAUCACCACAGUCUUUAGCCAUGCACAAACGGUAGUUUUGUGUGUUGGUUGCUCCACUGUCCUCUGCCAGCCUACAGGAGGAAAAGUGAGGCUUACAGAAGGAUGUUCCUUCAGGAGGAAGCAGCACUAA